UUGAUACCAUUAAUUUAUUACUAAUACACCUUCGAAGCCAUUAAUGUAUUCAUCUGGUGCAGAAACUAUAGCCUAAUUUAGAAUAUAAAUAGGCUAGCUUGUUAAUAAUAAAAAUGAAUAAAAAUCCAAAUUAAUUAAUUGAAUGGAAGUAAUAUAUUUCCAGACAGAAAAAUACUCUUAAACAACAUAAACAUAAAAUGCUAUACGAUAGAUUGGCUCAAUAAAAAGUUUAGAUAACGGUGUCGAUCGAGUGCGGCGAUAAAUAGCCUACUGUCAGUGUACAUUAAUUUUAAAAAGGCAUAUAUACCAAAAUAUGCUAUUAAAAAAAAACGAAAGUUUAAGUUUUCCUUUCCUAUUCACAAUCUUGAUCUGAUAUUGUUUAGGCUACUGUUUUAUUUUGAAACUAAUUAGGCUGUAACAACACCCACAUUUUAUUAUGCAGACCAUAAAACCAACGCUGUCCAGGGUUUUUUUUUUUUUUUGUAUAUAUAUUUUUUGUUUUUGUUUUUGUAAUUAGCGUUACUAAUAGAUGUACUUAUAGAGAUCUUGUACAGGAAACAUACAUUGCGUGUUCAGUAAACUGGCUAACGGAAGACUGCCGGAAGAAGCGCUGUCCUUACAUCAAACAAAAAAUCUUAGAGCUGGAGAAGAAGUUACUCUACAGUCUACAAGAUGUACUUGACUCAGGAGCGCGAGCGCCGCCUAGAAAUCAGCCGCAGUGUGCACCUGACCGACAGGCAAGUCAAAAUAUAGUUUUGUGCAAUGGAAAAAUUACCUGGGCAAAGAGAAUCUUCGAAGAAUUUGAGAUUUAUAUAUUUAUAUGUAUGUGUGUGUGUGUAUACACACACACACACACACACACACACACACACACACACACACCCUUGUUUUCUUUUUUUCUUCGAGAUUGUUGUCUAAUUUAUGAGGUUUAUUCCAUUGUAUUUUUGGGAGAACAAUAAUAAUGCGGUAGCUAUAUUAACCAGAGUAUGGAAUGUAAAUGAUUUGCCAUGCCUUAUGUCUAGUAGGUAUGUUUAGUAUGUUAGCGCUGUGAAAAAUAAACAGUAUCGGCUAAUUAAAAGUAGAUUAUAUUGCAAUUCUUUUUUUUUUUUAUCGUAAUGGUAUAUGUGCCCGCACAUGCGCUUUAUUUUUAUACAGAUUGUCCUAUACCACUACUACAACAUUAACUAUACGUGCAAAGGUGACGACGUGAAAACAAAUAGUCAUAUAGGCUACAGUGUAUUUUGCAAAAGAAAAUGGUAAACCAUUAAUGUUUUUGAAUAUCGCGGGUAUCUAUCUAUCUAUCUAUCUAUCUAUCUAUCUAUCUAUCUAUCUAUCUAUCUAUCUAUCACAAUUAAAAGUUCGUUGGCCUACAGGUCAAUGAACUACGAACCCACGUGCGGCGAAACAGAAAUAAAUUUGCUCUGGCAUCGGAUAAAGAAUGUGCUUGUGUGACCUAUGUGUACAAAUCUACACAUAUAAUGUUGGUUUUCAAGUUGUAUAUUUUGCAUUUGUGCUUACUUGACCUUUGUUGAGCUAUGCCGUGGAAGCGUAAUGUUUUAAAAAUGUAUUAGGCUAAGUUCUAUUAUUUUUUUUGAGUCAGAUUUCGUUUUGCAAUGAAAUUUCCCAUUAUCUUUGGCAUUAAUGUAUGUAAGCAUAGCCUACUUCAGCGAAUUAAGUGCCACAACAUGUAUAUACAGCAUAGUAUUAUGGCGACUUUAGUCUGCUUUUGUGGCUUUUUAUUGCUGCCUACUUUAUGAGGCUCGUCAUUUUUCUGAGUGACUACCCUCAGUACAGACUAAUAGAGGCAGGAAUAAAGACGUUCGGAUUUCAGGCGAUGGAAAACAGCCUUUUUUGGGUACUCCGUUUCAUUUAAAUGGGGUUAAUACAGUGGUCACGUGUGCAUCCCACCCAAUCAAAUGGCAGUUUGCUCUCAACUUCUUAGCUGUCUAAGGCUUUGUGAGGGUGAAGUUGCCUCUCCAUUUUCACAGAUUGUUAUUUUGUGAGCGUGUUACUGUAUGUGUGUGUAAGUGUUUUUAUGUGUGUGUAUACAUGAGAGUGCAUCCCUGCCAUGUCGACAUCCGGAGCUCUGACAGGAUAUUAUGUGGACUCUCUUGUUAUGCCGGACAAUGAGGAGAAUCGCUUCUCCUCAGGUUCAGGGCUCAUUCAGCACAGGCCCUCCGUUCUACCCACGGACCAUACAGAGCUCGGUCCCUGCUCAUUCCCGGCAAAGCAACCCGUUUAUGGUGGCUCAGGUUGGGGCCACAUUCCCACGCAUUUCUCCAGUGGUAUACCGUCAGUGUAUCAGCCGCAUACGCAACCUCCAGUAGCUGGGGAUUACGUGCAGUCUUGGCUCUUGGACUCUGCAUGUGGGCUGCCUCUCACUGAGCUACCGACGGUCCAUCAUCGCUAUCAUGCCAAACCUGAUACAAACAGAACGAAUGAUAAAGGCACAGAGGCCAUUUCACGUGCCGUACUCCCUUCUGGAGACUUCAGUAACGGAGGAUGUUCUACCGACACUGAGACAGUAUCUGGCCGGACUGCUGAUAAAGGAGGCGAUGUACAGGAGAAACCGGGCGCUGAUCCAGACAACCCUGUGUCCAACUGGCUUCACGCGAGCUCGACGCGUAAAAAACGAUGUCCUUAUACUAAGCACCAGAUCCUCGAGCUGGAGAAAGAGUUUUUAUUUAACACUUACCUCACGCGCGACCGGCGGUACGAGGUCGCCCGUCAACUGAACCUCACUGAGAGACAGGUCAAAAUUUGGUUCCAAAACCGCAGGAUGAAGAUGAAAAAAUGUAACAAAGAUGGAACGAAGGACGACUAAGAAUUUAGCACUUCGUGUAGGUGAGGAUGUGAGAGAAUCCAUCCUUUUCUUGAAAUGAUAAUGUCGUGGGAUUUUACAUUAGGCCUCGGUCUUGUGUUAUUCAAGCAUUUUCUUAAAGCAUGCUGGGAUCCAGUAGUUAUAUAAGGCUAUUUGGAUUAGGCUAUUUGUUUGUCAUAAGUGGUUCCAUCUUAAUGAAUACGGCACAAAUCUGUUUUUCAGAUGUAGCCUGUUUAAAUACUCGCUGACGCAGUAUUCUUCACAAUUCUGUAUUUAAUUUGGACCAAAUUUAUUAGUAAUGAAUGAACAUAUCGGAAAAAAAGUUUAUUCCUCUUCAAUUGUAGUUAGUAUAUCAGUGUGUAUUUCGGGCAGCAAUUUACAGUUUUCUUAUGUUCUGUAGCGUUUCCUAAAUUUUCACUAGUAAAAAAAAAAAAAAAAAUGGGCCCAGGUUUAUGUAAAGUUAAUACACUUGUGUAGAUGAGAUCAUUUGCCCUUAGACAUUAUUUCCUUUUGUAUGUGCCCUUAGAAAUUGUUUUGUUUUGUAUGGACAAUUAUGACAUUACCACUACCUACUUAACUACCUAUUUGUUUUGAAUCGACCAAAAUUUCCAUUCCAUAUCAGCCGUUAUGAUAUUGGGAGAAGUCUGCGAACUUCAGGGAACAAGUAUACUGAGCUGUAGAUAAAAGCACUGUAGGCAACUUUUCAAAUACCUCAUGGUCUGUUGACCGUCAUAUCGUUAGUUUACUUAGAUUUUUUUGUUUACUUACAUUUCUCAGAUGUAAAUUGUGAUUUUAUUUAUUGAAUAAUAAAAGCAUUUCAUAUUUCCAAACAAGUCUCCCUUAGAUUUUGUAGUCCUUGUGAUAUUUUAAAUAACAAUUAAGCUGAGAACGAUGUAUUAAAUUACAUGUAAAUAUUUAAUUAUGUAAUUUUGAUAGAUUUUUUUGUAGUUUCCAGGCAAUUGUAUUUUGCAUCAUGAGAAAAGUAAUACAUUUUUGUAUAAUUGUUAUUUCAUAUUUGUAUCUGUUAAUUCAUUGGUUUAUUUUAAUUAAUAGAUGCUAUGUAAACAUUUAAUAAGAAAUAUAAGGACCGAAUUUUAUAAUCUAGCAGCUGCUUUAUAUAUAUUACCCAGGAGGUUGGUAUUUCAUGGACCUGCUAUCAACUCUUGAGGAAUUUGUUCUGAGGCCACGCUAUGCUGGGCGAGUUUGUACUCGGGGAGAACAGGCCCGUAGACCGGUCUGGAAGAUGAGGUUGUUAGCUGCAUGCUGCUAUAAAAGACAAUGACUGCUAUAACCGUUUAUGGUAUGCAAAGCGCUGCGAGGCGAGAGAACGCAAGACAACAGAGAUAUCAUGGGACUCGACAGCUGGGGCCAGUGAACAACGCAUCAUGUGUGUCUGAAUCUGUGGAAUUAAAAAAGCAGACCUAUCGUCUUGGCCUCCAUGAUGAGGUUGCUCAACGUGACGUCUGUUCACAUACAAACAUUAAAUAUAAAUAUGAAUAUAUUUUAUAUUAGGUUAUAUAAGGCCUACUGUAUAACUUACUGGAGGCACAAGUGGUACAACGGGGGACUUUGACUUCAAAGUCUUCACCACGGAGACAAGACAAUGAAUUGCAGACACGGCAACAGACAUUGGCAUUCCAUUUUCAAUGGCUUUAUGGCCGUCCAGACACAAUUAGACCGUUUCCAGAGGCCCGAAACCCAUUUGGAGAGUUUUUUUUUCUUCAGUCACCCUUCGCUUUCAGAGAGACUCGACUACGUGCACAAAAAGCCAGCGGAAAUAAUCUCGUUUUAUUGGCCUCUGAUUGCAGUUUGCCCUAGUGCACCUUUUGUGUAGGUCUAUAGCUACAUGGUGAAAUGGAGGCGUCAGUGCAAAUUCUCCAGACGUUUUAAAAAUACUGAUGAAAAUAAAAUAAUGAAAACCUUGCAUAUUCUUACUUUCACUUGCAGAAAUUAUUUUGCCCAACACCUUGUCUAAUCGUGGACGUCCAUGCAUAAAUAAAACACUCUAUCGUCAUAGUAUUUGCCUGCGUUGUUAUACAGUCUGACCACUUGAUGUCAGUAAAACCUUGAAAAAAGGUAUUUUCAAUAACUUCCAUGUUCCCGCUUUCUUUAAGUCUUUAUUAGAUUCAUUUUUAUCUGAUGAAAUUACAAACAAAAAAUCUUGUUGAUGCUACCCGUUGCUUCUUUUUCUUUCAUAAUCAAACCAUUAAGCAAUAAUUACAACGUAGGCCUACGUCUUAACACUGAAGCCAAAUAAUUUGAGUAAUGUCUGGUUUAUAACGGUCUCGAAUUUUAAUUAGUAGUCGGGAAGGAUUACAAUUAAUAAUCCCGAGUCGAGUACUAAAAAAGACUUAUUCCUUAUUUAUAAGACAUUUUCUUUUCAUUUUCUUU